AUUAACAACUGUCUUGUCUACCAGCGUCGACGAAACACAGAACAGAUGUCCUGACAGUGGGCCGCAGGCCACCAGAAUGCCGACAGACGACGACUAUGGCCGAAGAGAACCUCUCCUGUUGCAUCAGCACUCUACCUCACAAUUCGGAACAGCCCCGUUGUACCCCAGCCCAGGAAGCAACCCCGGCAAUUCCAAUUCCCCGAGUAUCCCCACUAUCCAAAGUAGUACAAGUGCCAGCAGUGCUGACGUCGGAUCGCUACAAGGCUGUUAUCCCAAGCAGCCAGAGCCCCGAGUUCUUUCCUCUGUCUGCGCUAAUCACAGUUACGACCCAAAAUGUACAAUUACCAAUAGCACCAGCAAUGAUCGCCAAAUGCCGAGUGAUUCUGACUAUGGGGCGCUCAAGAUGGACUACGAAAAAUCAGUGGAGAGCCAGCACCAGAAACUCGACGAUAUACCAAGAACAGUGCAGUCGUGCUGCGAGAGAUACGGAAUUCCCUCCCACCAGGAGCGAUACAAUCAGUCUUUAUCGUCGACAUCAUCUAAUCAUCAGUAUUCAGGACAGCAGCAGGCAAUGCUGCCGAGCGAGCCCUCCAGAUACCCCCAGUUGCCAAACGAUCAGAGAAUAUCAUCCUCGAACGAUCGUUAUCAGAGCGAAAUUACGUCGACAACAGUUUCAAAGAGCACAGCAACUGGUGAAUAUGCAAACGCCGGUGUGCUUGCCCUAUCAACAACGAGUAAACUUUUCUCACCGGAGAGCUUUCCAUCGCCGCCCUCGCCGGCCCCGGCGAACGAUCGUUUCAUACCGCCACCCCCACUCUCCCCAAGUCCCAAUGACAAAUACGCCUCAACUCAGAGUCUUGCUAAUUACACCCCCAAUGACUGCAUUGUACCGAGCUCACCCAGUCCUCGAGAUCGAUACGGCACAGCGCCAGCCUCACCAAUGCUCAAGGACAGAUUUUCAUCGUCGGACAGGCUCCUGGUGUCAUCUGCGGGUUCGUCGCACGAUAGCAGAGAUCAUCAUCAGCGAUUUACCACUUCUAGUGAACGCCUGUUGGCCACUGGAUCACCUGUACAAAUUGCUCAUCAGCGGGAGGGCGGACACUUUCAGACGACGAGUGGCAUCAAAGACGUCGGGAGGUACACAAUGUCAACGGAGAAGUUGGUGUCGGCGUCGCCGAUACAUGCACCAGUGCCUGAAAGAUUUGCCGGCAAGUCCAACGAGAGAUUCGUCACGGAUUCGCCGAUGCACGAGCGAUACCAGAGACAAGAGUCUGCGGGUCUUCAUCGUGAGAAAUACUCGACACUCACGACGUGCGAAAGGUUUUUGUCGAGCUCACCGAACCCUGAGGGCGCACAUCAGAGGUACGCCUCCACCGAGAGGAUACUCUCGGCCACCUCGGAUGGCCAACAGUCGAGGAGGUACUCGUCGGAUAGGACUGGCGACUGUCAGAAGUACUCGGAGAGGGGGGAACGAUGCUCAAACUCAAGCUCACCGACACCGGACUCCAGGGAUUAUACCUGCAGGUACGCCGGAUUCCAGGAGGUCUCGGGUCAGUCGAGGUACUCGCUCGAGAGGUUCAACGAUCUUGCCCUGCAACGAUACACACAGUCGUCGAGAGCCAACGAUAGAUUCAACGAACGUGCAUACUUAUCGAGUUCUUCCCCAUCGACCCACGACGGAUGCCUCAUAUCAGAGCCAGGAAGAUACCCAUCAGCCUCAACCGAGCGCCUCCUCGUGUCAUCCUCCCCGUCCUCCUCGGAGAACAGUAGAUACCACAGUCUGUACUCUACCUCAAGCCAGCCCUCAGCGGACCGCUUCAUCCAGCAGUCACCGACCCCCGACGUCAGUACAAUCCGCUAUCAGAAUCAAAACUCAAAAACCGACAAAUUCAUUCAGGUAUCGAAGUCAGUGUCGAGUUACGAUCGCUACCAGCUCACAAAUCCCGAUCACUACGACCGCUGCAGCCAAGACCGUUACUCCAUGGAUCGUUACAACAGCUCAACAAAUACAAUCGACCGCUACCAGAAGAGCGAGCAGAGAUACCACGGAAAUAUCGAGCGCUACUCACCAAUUCGCAGCAUUGGCGAGAAGUAUCUGUCAUUACCAAAACCAAAGGAUAUAUUCUCGACUGGUAGAAUAGGCACUUCGUGUUCGCCAGUUAAUGCAGGAAAUGAUCCCAGGAAUUAUAGUGGUGGUAAUGCCUCGGGUGUCAGUUAUGUGCCACCACAUGCCCACACACCAGUCGAGAGAUAUGUGCCCCAACCACCACCUGAGAUAUUGUACCCUGAUAGGUACGUGGACAGGUACAUUCCAUCGGCUGUGCACACACCAACCGAUCGUUACGUACCAGCUGCUGAUCCUGGCGAUCCGUACAUGCGACGAGAUCUUGGAUUUCAUCAUCACUAUCGGCUACCACCGCCAGGGUAUCCGUAUCACCAGACGAAUUUUCGAUUUCGAGGCUUUGCUUAUGCCUCCCCUGGGCGGAUCAGCGGGAGCCCUGGCUCCAGUAGCUCAAGCAGUUCAACCUCAGCCCAGAGGGAAUUCUCUACUUCACCCUUGUUGCGACCCAAGGUGCGAGCCUCCACCAUUGAAUUCAACGGCGGUGGGAGGUCCAGCCAUACGUGCUGCGAGGGAGCUGGGGGACAGAAGAACUGCUGUCAAGUCAGGAGGUCUCUGCCACCCGCUCUGCCCUCCAUUCCUUCUAAUCAGUCGGCCCAUUCGUCGUGGCAACAAUCGCCGAGCUCCGGCACAACAGGGACCUCAACGAUUUCAUCCUCAGGGGCUGAUGGCGAAAGUUCACAGAGUAUUGGCAUGUACGCUGUGGGGAAUACAAACAGCGUUACAACAACUGAUAAACCAAUAACAACUGUUCCGACUAUCUCACCUUCUGUGCCUUCAGCUACGAAUGCUGCAUCAACAGCAAUCAGUACAUCAAGCUUGGCUAUUACGAGAAGUGUUUCGGCACCAGCAGGACCAAGACCCACUAUUGAACCAUGCAAUUCGGGGAGCACUGCUGGGUCUGUUGGGCAGAAGCCACGACUUAAGCGACAUAUGAGUCGAACAGAGGCGAUAAAGAACUACAUAAAAAAAGAGACUGCAACAUUCUUCGGUGUCGACGAGGAAACGGAGAGCCUGGAGAGGCAAAGAUGGCUCGACAGAAGGAGGCGCAUGGCCUCCCGAAAGUACGGUGCUCUCCUCCCGGAGCACAAACCGGUGGACCCAGACAUCACAAAAGAUAUCCCAGAUUCCACUGAAAUACCAGAGAAUAUUACGUUACGGCGAUGGCAGCAGCCUGUGCGGAGAAAAGACUCGGUUGCACGAAUGACGUUGUCAGGUCUUCAUUACGUCGUUGAGACCCUGACACGACAGCGUCCACAGGAGAGAUCCGAACCACAACCGGAAUCCCGUAGCUUUCCCCCCAGUGUAAUUUCAUCAUUUCCACCCACCGAUGGUAUUACCUCCGACAAUGAUGAGCAUAAUGCCGUUGGGGAUGAGGAAGAGGAGGCAUUCUUCCAACGGCCACCAGCACCACCACCACCACCUCCCCCACCUCCUCUACCCUCGGCAACGCCUCAUCAGCAGUCUCAAGUUUCCCUUGAACAGGCUAUUGGAGAUGCUCUCAAGAGUGAAGACAUGUCUUGCACGGAGGCUGAUCAUCUUGACAGUGGAAGUAGAACUGCGGAAUCCACUUCUGGUGGCGGGGAAUUUGCCAGAUUCGCAUCACCAAAGAAGGAAGGUCCCUGCAUAGAAGCCCCUCAUCCACGUAGAGUUCGAUCAAUAGCAAAGGAUCAUUAUAUCUCCAGAACAACCAAUUGGCGCAGGUCAGGGCAGAGUGGACGAAUUGAUGGUGAGGCAACGAGCCAACAGCAAGAUGAAAGCGUAAUAUUGAGGAGAGACAUUACAGGCGGCACUAGGAUAUCGUCAAGCACCAUCGACCGUGUAUUUGACAACAGUAAUAGGCGACAAUAUGGCAUGGGCAUCGUCGGACGAUUCUUGGGGCGAUCAUUUCGUAAAAGUGUGGCGCAUAAACCCCACGUGAGGAAACAAUUGGAUGAUAUUGAGGACCACAGGCCGUAUUUUACGUAUUGGAUAACAACCGUUCAAAUUCUCGUCAUGAUUAUUUCACUUUUUUGUUAUGGAUUUGGCCCUGUUGGGUUCGAUAUCAAUCAUAGAUCGGGCUUGGUACUCGUAACAAGUCUUUCAUUACAACAAGUCGAUUACCAAGAGCCCGCGAAUUUCUGGAUCGGCCCCAGAGCUGCAGACCUCAUUCAUCUGGGGGCGAAAUUCGCCCCCUGCAUGCGAAGAGACCUGAAAAUCCUGAAGGAGAUCGACGUGUGGCGGGAACGUGAGCGAGACACUGCUUGCUGCAUCAGAAACGACGACUCUGGCUGUGUCCAAUCCAGCAAAGCUGACUGUUCAAAUACCAUAUCAACAUGGAAAAAAUGGGGUCCAGGUGACAGUGGCCCUGGAGGUAGAAUAAGCGGAUCAGUCUGUGGCCUGGAUCCAAAAUUCUGUGAUGCCCCAGCAAGUAUAGCCCCCUACGAAUGGCCAGACGACAUAACUAAGUGGCCUAUCUGUCGUAAGAUGAAUCCCUUCAGUCAAAGAUUCAGAUCGGAUUUCAGAAGUAACAAUGGGCAUCCCCCAAGCAAUAGCAAUUUCCCAGUGGGACGUUACAAAGACAAAAUGGCUGAGCACAUGGUGUGCGAAGUGAUUGGACAUCCCUGCUGUAUUGGUAUUCACGGGAUGUGCAGAAUUACAACAAAAGAGUAUUGUGACUUUGUUCAUGGUUAUUUCCACGAGGAAGCCUCAUUAUGCUCGCAAGUCGAGUGUCUCCAUGACGUGUGUGGGAUGAUUCCUUUUUUACAUCCUGAGUGGCCGGAUCAGUUUUAUCGCCUGUUCACUACGACCUUUCUUCAUGCCGGAAUUUUUCACUUGGUAAUCACACUCCUCGUGCAAUACUACCUGAUGAGGGAUCUCGAGAAGUUGACGGGAUCUCUGAGGAUAGCCCUGAUUUAUUUUACUGGAGCUCUUGCUGGAAAUCUUGCCAGUGCCAUAUUCAUCCCGUAUAGGGCUGAGGUGGGACCAGCAGGUGCCCAUUUCGCCCUCCUGGCGACCCUCGUCGUCGAGGUGUUGAACAGCUGGCCAAUGUUAAAGCACCCGCGAAGAGCCCUCUCAAAGCUCAUAAUGAUCCUGGUGGGCCUGCUGAUCCUGGGAAUUCUCCCCUGGGUGGACAAUUACGCCCACCUCUUCGGCUUCAUCUUCGGUUUCCUGGCGGCAUACGCCCUCAUGCCCUUCAUCACCUUCGGCCACUACGACCGCCGAAGAAAAGUCAUUCUCAUCUGGGUCUGCCUGGUCGUAAUCCUCAGUCUCUUCGCCCUGUUAAUAACCCUCUUCUAUAACAUUCCAGUCUACGAGUGCGAAGUCUGCAAGCUCUUCAACUGCAUCCCCUUCACUCGGGACUUCUGCGCUUCCCAGAAUAUUAACUUCAAGAGAGAGGAACCCGUAUGACAUAUGGGGCCGCGGUUACAAGUCGAGCGAAAAGUACCGUUCGGCCCACAAAUUGACGCUCGCUACUCCAUAACUGAUUGCGAAUCCCUGAUUAUCAUUGUAACGAUUCCAUACGCAUUGAUACACAGGAAUAAAUUUAUAUUUCAUGGACAAUUGACAUUCCGGAAAUUUCAGAUUUCACUGAAAAUUCAAUGAAAUUACUAAUUUUUGAUUUAACGGCGGUGGAAAUUACGGAUUUUUGAAUCUUUUAAAUCUUUUUUUUUAGAAAUUUUUUCCUUUCACUGGGUUAGUUACAAAACGUUGUGAAAAAAAUUGUUACAGUUUGAGAAUAAUCAGCAUUUCGUUGGCUGUAGUUACAUUAGAUAACUGCGUUCCUCAAAAUAAUCCAUAAAUUCAGAAAAUCAGAUAUAGAAUCAUGAAAAAUCAUGAAAAAUUCAUGUAAAAUCAGAAUCUGAUGAUCUUUUGUGUAAAAAAAAUUCUAUUGAAUAUUUUCAUAAUAAAAUGUUCAACAGAUUUAACAGAAUUUUCGAAAGACGAGAGAUUUUUAACUAACUUGAAUUUUCAAUGAAAGCAUGAAUAUUCAGCAUCAAAUUACGUUGUCUUCAAUUAAUAACAUUCAAGAAAAUAUUUAUUUGAACUGAAUAAUUAAAUAAUUGAACUGAAAUCCACAGUUUCCAUCGGCUUUUCCA